AUGAAUAAUUAAUUUGAGAUUAUAAAAAAGGUUUGGGCAUCAAAGAAAAUUUUGUCCUUUUUUAAAUAUCAAAGACUUGUGAAUAAAAGGUUGAAUGAGCUAAUAAAAGAAUAAGAACCAAAAAUUCAAAUUUUUCUUCAGUUACAAGAAAAUAAAGAGUAAUUAGGGAAUUCAAAUAAGUAAUAUACAAAAGUAUCCACUAAAGCUUUAGAAGAUGAAGUAAGCCUUCUGAAACCAUUAAUAUUACUCAAUAAUAGAAACAUAAUUAACAAUUAGAAGUAUUUACUAGAUAUUUUAUCAAUAAUUCACUAUUCUACAAAUGACGACGAAUCUACUUAUGUAGAAAACACUUUAAAGAAUCCAAGCAAAGUUAAUGAGCAGAAAUAAUUAUAUAAAAUACUAGAAUUGGCUUUUGUAAUUCUUUAAAAUUCAAUAUAGGAAACAGUUUAAUAAUAAAUUUUAAUCGGGUUAGAUUCCAUAUUAAAAUCAAUGAUUAAAUGUUCAUCAAAUAAUCCUCAAAUAUUAUUAACCUUGAGAUAAUAUUAAAAGUAUAGUAGGAUUAUGCAAUGCACAACUUCUUUUUAAGGAAUAAACUCUUUCAUAAAAGCUAUAACAUCCUUUGAUUGCAAAUUAAAACUAGAUUUGACACCAGAUACAAUUGAAAAAACUCUAACUAAUGUAUUACAACAAUUAGAUUGCGUAAUUUGUUACAGCUCAAUGACUAAUCCUGUAUCUAUGAAAUGUGGACAUAGUUUUUGUAAAGCAUGUAUGGUUCAAGAUUAGAGUAAUAAUUAAAAGAGAUGUCCAAUUUGUAGAAUGGAAUAGAUGGAUGAGAUUUACUUAAGUGAAAACAAUAAAUUCUUAACAAAGUUGAUUUAACUUAAAAAUAGCUUCUAGAGUCAGUCAGAUAUAUGGUAAGGAGAUGAUACCUAAGCAUAAUAUUAUAUUCACAUAAAACCACAAAGAAAAGAUGCUUAUGAAAACAAAAUUGUAUUAAGAACAAAGUAAUCACUCAAAUAUUUAAUUGAGGAAGAAGUUGAAAUAGAUACAAUGAAAUUUCGAUCGCUCAGCACACAUUAGUUUCAAUAAUUAUUGCAGUAACACCUUAUUUUUAUUCUUAUCGAUAAAAACGAAAAUGCCUAUUUGGUGAAAAAUAUAUUGACACAUAUAAGAAAGAGCAAGGCUAUAAUUAAGGUUUAAUAUUAGGAUAAAAUCCAAAUUGCGCAUUAAUAUUACUCUCACAUUUUCCUUAAUAUUUAAAAUGUAGAAUAUAUAUUUAACUGCUUAUUUGCAACAGCGAUUACUUUAGAAGAUCAAUAUAUAGAUCUUAGUAAGAUCGAAAUUCUUAAGCAAUUGGAUAACUCGAUAAGUAAUAUAAAAGAAUUCUUUAAUCAGGUUCUUCGAAAUUAGUAGUAAGAUUAAACUUAUUAAACUAUUCUUUCAUUCUUAACAAUAGUAGGAUUUUGGAAUUUAUAGAAUUCAGAUAUAAUUAGCAAUUAUGAUGAAAUGAAAAAAUAUUCAUAUCUGAUUCCAAAUAUUUUAAGAAUACCUGAAAAGGAAAGGGAGAAGAUUUAGAAGACUAAUAACUUAAUAAUAAGGUUGCAAUUGAUUGAAGAAAGUCUAAACAGAUUCAAAUAAUGCUCAAACUUAUUAAUGAUAAUUAGUAUUCCAACACAGAAUAAAGAUUCUAACAGAAAUAUCAUAAUUUUUAUUGUAGUAUUUUUAUUAUUGUCAUUUACCCUAUAGUUGUGA